AGUCAGCCGCGCUCCUCCCCGAGAGGUUCAGGGAGGACCAAUCCGAGAGGCGUUCUUGGCUUUACAAACUGGCGCCCUCUUGGAACCCCGCCCCCCUUCCCUGAAGAGCUCGAGUACCUCGGACUGGUAAUUCAGUGCUUCUCACUCCACACUUCUGUCAUAAGGUGUGCCAGCUUUCUCAGAAGACCAUGCAGAGAGCCUCACGCCUCAAGCGGGAGCUGCACCUGUUAGCCACAGAGCCACCCCCGGGCAUUACCUGCUGGCAGAACGCAAAUCAAAUGGAUGAUCUCCGAGCUCAGAUUUUGGGUGGGACCAACACACCCUAUGAAAAGGGUAUUUUCAAGCUGGAAGUCUCCAUUCCUGAGAGGUACCCUUUUGAACCUCCAAAGAUACGCUUUUUGACUCCCAUCUAUCAUCCUAACAUUGACUCUGCAGGGAGGAUCUGCCUGGAUGUCCUCAAAUUACCACCAAAAGGUGCUUGGAGACCAUCCCUGAAUAUUUCCACUGUAUUGACCUCCAUCCAGCUGCUCAUGUCAGAGCCCAACCCUGAUGAUCCCCUCAUGGCUGACAUAUCCUCAGAGUUUAAGUACAACAAACCAACUUUCCUCAAGAAUGCCAGAGAAUGGACUGAGAAGCAUGCUCGUCCAAGGGAAGAGUCAAAAGAGAAUGAGGAGGUGGAAAAUCUACCAGAACCCAGUAACCCCAGAGUUUCAGAAGUGCCACCGAAAAGAAAAGGCUCCAAGCUGGGGGGACCAGAGAAGAGACUUUGUUCUGAUGUUUAAGGAGCCCAUCCUGAGCUAUUGCAGCUAAGAGCAUUCCGCUUCUGUCAAGGGCAUUGAUUGUGUCUCAUCUUUUUGAAUGUUUUUCUUGAUCUUUAAUGAGAGUUGGAAUGGUUUUUCUCUUACAAAACAGGCCUUGUAUAUUUAUGUACACUGCAGUAGACUAAUUCUCUGAAUGUAAUUUGUUGUAUUUAUCUUGUACAUAUGUAUUUUGAAACCUUUAACCUGAAAAAUAAAUAAUCAUUU